AUGAUGCAGUUAAAUCAGACCAUGCUGGCCUUCUUCAUUAUUCAAGGGAUUUCCGAUGUCCCUGGUCUACAGGUUCCGAUCUUUCUAAUGGUUUUGGUCAUCUAUCUUCUCACCCUUGUUGGGAACAUGACAAUUCUUCUGCUUGUUUGCUCGGACCCACAAUUACACAAACCUAUGUACUUCUUUCUGUGUAACCUGUCCAUCCUAGACCUGUCUUCUAUCAAUGUCACUCUCCACAAUACCUUGGCUAUUUUUAUAUCAGGAGACAGAAAAGUUUCUUUUCUUGGUUGCAUGGCCCAGGUAUGUAUGUUUUCAUGGCUGUCCGGUAACGAACUGAUAUUGCUCACAGCCAUGAGUUACGACCGGUAUGUGGCCAUCUGUAAACCCUUGAGAUAUCCAACUCUAAUGAACCAAAGAGUUUGUGUUUUGUUGGCAGUCACCUGUUGGGUGUUUAGUCUGAUACAGGUUCUUCCUCCUGUCUUCAUACUAGCAAAGUUUUCUUGCUACACGUCCAACAAAAUCAACCACUUCUUCUGUGACAUUGUGAUAUUGAUGAGACUUUCCUGCAGUGACACUUCUGUCCUGGAACUACUAAUUUUUACAGAGGGUGUCCUCCUUUCCACCUUCACUCCAUUUGUUCUCACGUUUACCUCUUACGUUUUCAUUAUUAAUGCCAUAAUGAGGAUAAAAACCAAUAAUGGAAGACGCAAAGCCUUCCACACGUGCUCCUCACACCUCACGGUUGUCACCCUUUUGUAUGUAAUCCUUGUCUGUCAAUAUCUCACACCAACCUCGACUACCACUUUGGACUUUAAUAAGUUUUUCUCUUUGUUUAAUACGGCUGCUGUUCCGAUGCUAAACCCUCUGAUUUAUAGCUUGAAAAAUAAGGAUGUGAAAUUAGCGGCGAGGAGGAGACUGAAAUGUUUUAAAAUAAUAAAUCACCCAAAAAAAAACAUAUUUAUUAAAAGAUGAAUAAAAGAGA